UCUCUGAAGCCUAAAUCUCUUAAAUAUAUCUUAAGCCCUUCGUAACUGCUUCUCUUAUCAGUUUCUAUAGCGACAUUAUCUCAAACAGUUCUUAAAAAAAAAAGAAAAAAAAAAGUUUUUAUUCUGUAGGUUUAGAGAUUUCUUACCUUUCGAUAAGGUUUUAGGAUUUGUGUGUUGCGUGUUACUAACUAAUCUCACUGAAGAGAUGGAUUAGAGGGAAAAGAGAAAGUUCUUAGCUUUGGAUGUAUCUCGAAGUGAUCCAAAACAACUCUGUCUCUUAUUAUUCCACUCCUCUGCUUUAGGGUUUCUCUUCUCAACUUGCUUUCUUCUCUCCCUUUUUUUUAAUUGAAAUUACAUCACUGGAUUUCAUUGUUGCGGUGGAGUGAAAUUGGGGGUAGCUCACAAAAAGCUAACUUUUGUUGAUGCCCUUGAGUUGUUGUUGUUUCAUGGCUGGUUGAAUUGUUAGUUACGGGAGCAAGACUAUUAAGAAAUGGCGACACUUCAGGAUAUUGGUGUAUCAGCUGGGAUAAACAUCCUCAGUGCUUUUGUUUUCUUCAUUAUCUUUGCCGUUUUGAGGCUUCAGCCGUUCAACGAUAGAGUUUACUUCUCUAAAUGGUAUCUCAAGGGGUUAAGAAGCAGCCCUGCUCGUGGUGGUGCCUUUGCACAGCGUUUUGUGAAUCUUGACUUCAGGUCUUAUAUGAAGUUCUUGAAUUGGAUGCCAGAGGCUCUGAAAAUGCCUGAGCCUGAGCUGAUUGAUCAUGCCGGUUUGGAUUCAGUUGUGUAUCUCCGGAUUUACUGGCUGGGGCUUAAGAUCUUUGCUCCAAUAGCAGUGCUUGCUUGGGCAGUUCUUGUGCCAGUCAACUGGACAAAUAACACAUUGGAGAUGGCUAAGCAUCUAAGGAAUGUAACUUCCAGCGACAUUGACAAACUAUCUGUUUCAAAUAUUCCAGAGUAUUCAGUGAGGUUUUGGACUCAUAUAGUAAUGGCUUAUGCCUUUACCAUCUGGACUUGUUAUGUUUUGAUGAAAGAAUAUGAGACAAUUGCUAACAUGAGGCUCCAGUUUGUUGCAUCAGAAGCUCGUCGACCUGACCAGUUCACUGUUCUUGUUAGAAAUGUACCGCCGGACGCAGAUGAGUCUGUAAGUGAACUGGUGGAGCAUUUUUUCCUGGUCAAUCAUCCUGAUAACUACCUGACACAUCAGGUUGUAUGCAAUGCAAAUAAGCUUGCUGAUUUGGUGAAAGAGAAGAAAAAGCUGCAGAAUUGGCUUGAUUACUACCAGCUCAAAUACGCUAGGAAUAACACUCAGAGAAUUGUGGUGAAGCUUGGCUUUCUUGGGCUAUGGGGAAAAAAGGUUGAUGCAAUUGAACAUUACAUUGCUGAAAUUGACAAAAUAUCAAAAGAGAUUGGUAAAGAAAGGGAGGAAGUGGUGAAUGAUCCCAAGUCCAUUAUGCCAGCAGCGUUUGUCUCCUUUAAAACCCGAUGGGCUGCUGCGGUUUGUGCUCAGACUCAACAGACACGAAACCCAACCCAAUGGCUGACUGAAUGGGCUCCAGAACCGCGUGAUGUGUAUUGGUCAAAUCUUGCUAUUCCAUAUGUCUCUCUAACUGUAAGGAGGUUGAUCAUGCAUGUUGCCUUCUUUUUCCUAACCUUCUUCUUCAUUAUCCCCAUUGCGUUUGUACAAUCUCUUGCUACCAUUGAAGGGAUCGAGAAAGCUGCUCCAUUCUUGAAGGUUAUUGUUGAGGAUAAAUUCAUGAAAUCAGUGAUACAAGGUUUUCUACCUGGUAUUGCACUGAAGCUUUUCCUUGCCUUUCUGCCAUCCAUUCUGAUGAUCAUGUCCAAAUUUGAAGGCUUUACGUCGAUCUCAUCUUUAGAGAGACGAUCGGCGUUUCGAUAUUACAUUUUCAACUUAGUGAACGUCUUUCUUGCAAGCGUUAUCACUGGAGCUGCGUUUGAACAGCUUAACUCUUUCCUCAACCAGUCCCCAAACCAAAUCCCAAAGACCAUUGGUGUUGCGAUACCGAUGAAAGCAACUUUCUUCAUCACGUAUAUAAUGGUUGACGGUUGGGCAGGAGUUGCAGGAGAGAUUCUAAUGCUGAAACCUCUGAUCAUGUUCCAUCUUAAAAACGCCUUCUUGGUUAAGACUGAGAAAGACAGAGAGGAAGCAAUGGACCCGGGAAGCAUUGGUUUUAACACUGGUGAGCCUCGGAUACAGCUCUACUUCCUACUCGGUCUUGUUUACGCUCCUGUGACACCGAUGCUUCUUCCUUUUAUCUUGGUCUUCUUUGCCCUUGCUUACAUUGUGUAUCGCCACCAAAUCAUAAACGUAUACAAUCAAGAAUACGAGAGUGCUGCAGCGUUUUGGCCAGACGUUCAUGGACGAGUAAUAGCAGCAUUGGUAAUAUCACAGUUGCUUCUGAUGGGACUAUUGGGAACAAAGCACGCUGCAUUAGCUGCACCUUUUCUCAUUGCUUUACCUGUGCUUACCAUCGGUUUCCACCACUUCUGCAAAGGUCGUUAUGAGCCAGCUUUCAUCAGAUACCCUUUACAGGAAGCUAUGAUGAAAGAUACAUUGGAAACCGCAAGAGAGCCAAACCUGAACCUUAAAGGCUACUUGCAGAAUGCAUACAUUCAUCCGGUUUUCAAAGGCGAUGAAGACGAUGAUGACAUUGAUGACAAGCUCGGGAAGUUUGAGGAUGAAGCCAUCAUUGUUCCCACCAAACGUCAGUCGCGGAGGAAUACUCCAGCUCCUAGCAGAAUCAGUGGAGAAUCUUCACCGUCUUUGCCCUUUAGUGGUAAACUAGUCUAAGAGAAGAAGAUUUGCACAUGAUCAAAUGAAAGUAUAUAUGACAUAUUCUACUAUCAAUAUGUACAGGGGAGAAAGAGAGAGAGGAUACCAAAAUUAGAAUAUUUGCCUUAAGUUUGUGAUGUUCAUAAUGGCUUAACGAUUUUGUCGAUGGGGUGAUGACUGGUUCCUACAAUUGGGAUCU